AUGGACUCAGAACGGGAGUAUAAGCAAAUGGAAGAGCGGGCCGAGGCAUUGUUCCGGCAGGUAAAUCUGCGGCUUGAUCAAGAGGCGAAGAGAAGACUCGAAGAGACAGACCUCGGCAUCCUUCGCCGCGGCCAGGAAGUAAAAAGGCUGCAGGAUCAAAUCAGGAAACUCAAAGUCGAGCGGGGCAGACUAAAACAUAGUCGAAACAGUCUCGUGCCCGUGGGGCGACUCCCGACAGAGCUCCUGGCUUGCAAUGGCCCAACCAAAGAAUUUCGGCUUGCUAUGAAGAAGCUCCAGCUAAUCCAGGAGCUCCAUGUGAACAUCGAGUUGCAAGAUGAUGAUCAUGAUGAUGCAUCAAGGAAUUCCUGGAAGCUCCGGAAGCAGGAGGUGGUAGCAAUAAAUUCUGUCACUCUCUCAAAAUGGGGUGCAUGUGACUUUGGGACUUCUACCAAGUGGAUAGCAAACCUUGAGCUGCCAAAUCUGAAGCACCUUGCUGCCUCCUUGGCUUCACAAUGCCAGAGAAAACUUACUGUUGCCGAGACAUGGAAGCAAAGCUCAGUCAAUGAUGGUUGGUACUCUGUUGAUUCCAUUUCCAGAUAUCAGGAGUAUGUGCCAUGGGUGGAUGGUGGACUGACCGGCAACACUCCCAAGAUAUCUAUUUCCCUGUGCAUGGACAAGCACAAAGUUGAAACUCCUGCAGAGUACGAAGAAGGAAAAGACAUCUUGUUUCGUUCUCUGACCACGGCCAAUCUCGAGUUCCUCGAGGUGGGAACCCGAAUGUCAUCCGACGAUUGGAGGCGUCGACUGGGACACCUAGCACAGGUCACUAGGCUAUGGGUUACUGGUGUUGACGAGGCUUUCGUCGACGCUUUAGUGAUGGACGAGGUCACUCACACCGCGGUUUCCAGCGACUUGGGGUCGGGAGACGCUGGGCCUGCCAGGCCCGGUGUCAUAUUUCCGGCGCUGCAAUACCUGACUUUGGAGGAGAGCGGACCGGAGCACUACGACACAGCCUUCGUCCAGAAGCUAUCCAUUGCCUUAGAAGCGAGGGAACGAUCCGGCAGCGUCUCGCGGAUAAUGCACCUCGACAUCCGUGGUGUCGUGGGCUUGUCGAGUCAGGAUAUAGCACGGCUGCAGGAUAUAGUCGGGAUGCUCACUUUGCGCCCAAGCUUAGCUGGUUGGGGCGGCGAUGAAGGUUCGAGCUAUACAGGCAGGGAUGUUAGGUCUGAAGAAGAUGGCGAUGAAGACGAAAGUGAAGAAGAUGGAGACGAGGUGUCUGAAGGAGAUUUGCAUACCGAGGUUUCAGACGAUCCAGGAGGCGACGAGUCGGGUGCUGAGGACUCGGACCCUUGGGGUUUAGAUGCUAAGGAUUCAGAGGAUGGGGAGGCGGAGGAAGAGGAAGAGAACGAAGAUGAUGAUGAUGAUGAGGACGAAGAGGGCGAGGACGAAGAGGACGAGGACUAG